CCGCAAGCCGCAGAGGAGGGCUUGCUGGAGGACCUGCUCGGGAUCGCUCCGCCGCCGCCGGCGGUGGAGGAGGCGCCGACGGCUGCGGCAGCGGAGGCGGCUGCGGCGGCGGAGGCGGCGGCGGCGGCAGAAGCGGCGGCGGCGGGCGCGGAGGCGGAGGCGGCCGCAGAGGCGGCGGCGGCGGCGGAGGCGGCUGCGGUGGCGGCGGCGGCCGAGGCGGCCGAGGCGGCGGAGGCGGCUCGGGCCCGCGAGCAGGUCGACGAGGCUGCGGACGAGGCGCUCGCUCGCUCGCUGUCGGGCCAGCUGGAGGGCGGGCGGGACGAGGCCGCUGCCGAGGCGGAGGAGGCGGAGGAUGCGGCUCUGGCUCGCGCGAUCAACGCGUCGCUGCUCGAGGCGGGGGGGGAGGAGGAGGCGGGCGAGGGCGGCGGGGGCGGCGGCGAGGGCGGGGUCGCCGACGAGGCGACGUGGAGCGCCGAGUCCCUCCUCGUCCUCAGCGGGGAGGCCUUCCAGCUGCAGCCGCAGCUGCUGCCGCGCGGCGCGCAGCUCGCCGCUCUGGCGGCGUGCGGCGUCGAGGCGGAGGGGGUCGCCGGAGCAAGCGGCGAGCAGGCGGACGCCGCGAUCGAGGCCGCCGUCCUCGAGGCAGACGCCGCCCACCAGCAGCAGCUCGCCGCGUGGCUCGCGCCGGGCGCCGACGGCGGCUCCGUCGAGCCCCUGCCCCCGCAGGCCCAGCGCGCCCUCGCUUUGGUCGGCGUCUCGCCUCCGGUGCGAUGGGCGCUGUGGAAGCGGCUGCUGCAGGUCGAGUCGAUGGUUCCGCUGGCGGCGGAGGCGGCCAAGGUGCGCAUGCUGCUGGCGACGCCGCUGCGAGGGGUGGCGGACUUGGUGGCGGACAUGCACACGGCGGUGGAGGCCGCGGUUGGACCCUGCGUGGUUGGCGACGGCGACGGCUUCCCAGCGGAGGCGGCGUCUGCGCUCGAGGAGGAGGGGGUGGCGGUGCUGCAGCUGCUGCUCAAGUCGCUCUCGCUCUCGUACUCGCCCGAGCUCGGCCUCGCCCCCUUCCUCGCCCCCCUCCUGCUCCUGGUCGCGCACGGGGCGGGGUCCGCCGCCCUCGAGGCGGGGGGCGGGUCGGUGACGCGCGAGGCGCUGCGCGGGCAGCGGUCCGACCUUUUCAACUGCGUGUGCGCCUGCCUCGGCCGCCUCUCCCCCGCGCUGAUGGCAGGCAAGCCGUGGGGCAUGCCGGUGACGGCGACGGUGCAGGGCCAGGUCCACGUCCCGGCGCAGCCGCCCAACCAGGCGCUGCUCCUCUGGUUGUGGGUGCUGCUCCGCUACUUGCAGCCCGCGCUCGCCCUGCACCUGCAAGCGGCCGAGCCUCCUCUCUCGGUCCGGCUGGGCCGCGCGCUCACCUCGCUGCUCGGCACGCACACGGACGCGGCGGCGCACCUCCGGCUGAUCGAGCUGUGCCUCUUCUCCAUCCCCGCCGAGGUCGCCUUCCCGCGCGCACACACGCCCGUCCUGCUCGUCUGCCUCCUGGCUCGAGGCAAGGAGUCGCUGCUCGCCAUGCCGCCCGACUCGCUGCUACCAGCCUUCACGCAGCUGCGCCUCUCCACGCCGCGCGAGGCGCAGCUGCUGCACGAGGAGGCGUGCGCCGCGCACGCGAGCUUGCCGCACGGGCUUGCCGCGGCGGUCGCCGACGCGUGGGCGGCGGACCAGCCGAUGCCGCCGCCGUACUCCGUCGCUUGGCUGCAGGGCGACGAGCUCGACCCGUCCCUGCACACGCCCGGCCGGCUGCGCCGGUGGGUGGUCGACUUACGCCCCGAGGCGGAGCACAAGCGCGGCUGUUUCGCGCUGACGCGGCACCUGCCGCCGGCCGAGGCGACGCGGCCAGAGGCGAAGCGGCCGGAGGUGCGGGAGGCGGUGCGCGCGGAGCUGCGCGAGAUCUGCGACGACGGCGGCGUUGCUCCCGCGCUGCUCACGUCCGGAGACCCGCGCACUGACAAGGGCACCCCCGGGCUUGGGGCGCAGCUCGUCCGCGAGAUCGUGGACGAGUUCCUCGCGGACGGCUUCGCCAACCUCGGCGUGCUGCAGGGAAGCGGCUUCCACGCCCUCUCCCUCGAGCAGCGCAGUGCGAUGCUCGUCUCGGACGACGUGGCGCCCGACUUCUCCUCCCCCGGCCAGACCGACCGCCUCGCGGGCGCAAAGGCGGCGGCGGAGCGCGCGAAGGCGGAAGCGGCCAAGGCGGGCGAGAAGCUCACGCGCGUCUUCAGCUUCGGCCGCAAGCCGGCCCGCUCGAAGGCCGCGGGCGAGGGCGGCACCCCCUGACGCGCGAGCUGACACGCCAUCUACUGGGGGCCGUGACUGUGCGGCGGGGUGUGCAGCAUCUCCACCCCGUUCGACUUGUCCGUGCAUUAGCCGCGCAGAGUUUCGCGCGAGAGAGAGCAGAGUCGAGAGAGGAGCGCACAGCCACAGGGUAGUAGCCAGUACAAGAGCCAUGCAUGGUCUUGUUUAGAUUGGAGCCGUGGAGAGAGAAGUGAGAAGACUUGUGGAUUAAAUGACAAGUCACAUCUCC